CUGGCUUCAAGGAGGGGUAACAAGUUGCAGGCCCAAGCUAUCAGCAUUUUUUAGGGCCCCACCUUGAUGCGAGAAAAAAAUCAUAUCAGGCCAGAGGCAAAACGACCCCGCUUGCGCCCGCCCACCUCUUUCCCAAAGACCCGACAACUCUUUCUAUCCUCCCCAACUAUUGCUGGUGUGUGUGAGAUAGUUGCUUGCGGCUACAAACAACUCACCUCGCGCAUUCCCCCUUUUCGACUUUCGAGUUCGCCAAUACUGAUUCUUUUCUCCUCUACAAGGGAGAUCGUUCAGUCCUUCCCUUACCCCGCAGCAGCUCUCUCCGGGCCGCUUCACCACAAAAAGACACUUAGGAGGUUUAUCGCAUCAAUACCGCCAAGAUGGUCAACUUCACCGUCGAGCAGGUGCGAGAACUCAUGAAUGAGCCGGAAAACGUGAGGAACAUGUCCGUCAUUGCCCACGUAGAUCACGGUAAAUCGACCCUGACCGACUCUCUGCUCGCCAAAGCCGGUAUCAUCUCAACCGCCAAGGCCGGAGACCAGCGGGCCACAGAUACCCGUGCAGACGAACAGGAGCGUGGUAUCACCAUCAAGUCCACUGCCAUCUCCCUGUACGGUACCCUGCCCUCCGAUGACGAUCUCAAGGACAUCGUCAGCAAGAAGUACACCACGAACGGAUUCUUGAUCAACCUGAUUGAUUCGCCUGGUCACGUCGAUUUCUCGUCCGAGGUCACUGCUGCUCUGCGUGUCACUGAUGGUGCGCUCGUGGUCGUCGACACCAUUGAGGGUGUCUGUGUCCAGACCGAGACCGUCUUGCGACAGGCUCUUGGUGAGCGCAUCAAGCCCGUCAUCAUCAUCAACAAGGUCGAUCGUGCGCUUCUUGAGCUUCAGGUUUCCAAGGAGGACUUGUACCAGUCAUUCUCCCGAACCAUCGAGUCCGUCAACGUCAUCAUCUCAACUUACCUCGACAAAACCCUCGGUGACAUUCAGGUCUACCCCGACAAGGGAACGGUCGCUUUCGGUUCUGGUCUCCACGGCUGGGCCUUUACCGUCCGCCAGUUCGCCGUUCGUUACGCCAAGAAGUUCGGUGUGGACCGAAACAAGAUGAUGGAGCGUCUCUGGGGCGACAACUACUUCAACCCCCACACCAAGAAGUGGACGACCAAGAGCACCCACGAGGGUAAGCCACUCGAGCGUGCCUUCAACCAGUUCAUUUUGGACCCCAUCUUCAAGAUCUUCUCGUCCGUCAUGAACUUCAAGAAGGAUGAGGUCUUUGCCAUUCUCGCCAAGUUGGACCUCAAGCUUGCCACCGAUGACAAGGAGAAGGAGGGCAAGCAGCUCCUUAAGGCUGUUAUGCGAACAUUCCUGCCCGCUGCCGACUCUCUUCUGGAAAUGAUGAUUCUUCACCUGCCGUCUCCCGUGACUGCCCAGAAGUACCGUGUCGGAAGCUUGUACGAGGGUCCCCCCGAUGACGAGGCCGCCAUUGGUAUCCGUGACUGUGACCCCAACGGUCCCCUCAUGCUUUACGUCUCCAAGAUGGUGCCCACUUCCGAUAAGGGUCGAUUCUACGCUUUCGGUCGUGUUUUCUCUGGUACCGUCAAGUCCGGCAUGAAGGUCCGCAUCCAGGGUCCCAACUACGUCCCCGGCAAGAAGGAGGAUCUGUUCAUCAAGGCUAUCCAGCGUACCGUCCUCAUGAUGGGUGGCAAGGUUGACCCCAUCAACGAUAUGCCCGCUGGUAACAUUGUCGGUUUGGUCGGUAUUGAUCAGUUCCUGCUGAAGUCUGGUACCCUCACCAACCUCGACACUGCCCACAACCUGAAGGUCAUGAAGUUCUCUGUGUCGCCGGUCGUGCAGCGCUCCGUGCAGGUCAAGAACGCCCAAGAUCUGCCCAAGCUGGUCGAAGGUCUGAAGCGUCUCUCUAAGUCUGACCCCUGCGUCUUGACCUCGACCUCCGAAUCUGGUGAGCAUGUUGUCGCCGGUGCUGGUGAGCUCCAUCUCGAAAUCUGCUUGAAGGAUCUCGAGGAGGAUCACGCUGGUGUUCCUCUCAUCUUCUCCGACCCUGUCGUCCAGUACCGUGAGACCGUCAUGGGCAAGUCAAGCAUCCAAGCCCUGUCCAAGUCUCCCAACAAGCACAACCGUAUCUACAUGAUUGCGGAGCCCAUGGAUGAGGAGCUUGCCAAGGCCAUCGAAGAGGGCAAGAUUUCGCCCCGUGAUGAUAUCAAGACCCGUGCUCGUAUCAUGGCCGAUGAGUUUGGCUGGGAUGUUACCGAUGCCCGAAAGAUUUGGUGCUUCGGUCCCGACACCACCGGUGCCAACUUGCUGGUUGACCAGACAAAGGCCGUCCAGUACCUCAACGAAAUCAAGGACUCAGUUGUCUCUGGUUUCCAAUGGGCGUCCCGCGAGGGUCCCGUUGCCGAGGAGCCGAUGCGCGCAACUCGAUUCAACAUCAUGGAUGUUACCCUGCACGCCGAUGCUAUUCACCGUGGAGGUGGCCAGAUCAUUCCCACCACUCGCCGUGUCCUGUAUGCGGCUACCCUGCUUGCCGACCCCGCUCUCAUGGAGCCUGUCUUCUUGGUCGAAAUCCAGGUGCCUGAAUCCGCCAUGGGUGGUGUCUACGGUGUCCUGACCCGACGCAGAGGUCACGUCUUCGCUGAGGAGCAGCGUCCUGGUACACCCCUGUUCACCAUCAAGGCUUACCUGCCCGUUAUGGAGUCAUUCGGCUUCAACAGUGAUCUUCGACAAGGUACCUCUGGCCAAGCCUUCCCUCAAAUGGUGUUCGACCACUGGCAGCAUCUGCCCGGUGGCAGCGCCAUCGACGGCACCACCAAGACUGGCCAGAUCGUCCAGGCCAUGCGUAAGCGCAAGGGUCUCAAGGUGGAGGUGCCGGAUGUCAGCAACUACUACGACAAGUUGUAAACAGCUUCCUUCUAUGCUGAUAGACUGCGGUCUCAUACACCACCUCACGAACAUUAUGAGAUUAAUCCUCGCGAUCAUAUAGGCCCGAGCCACGAUGGUAGCCACGAUGGUAAUGCGAGGCCUUGGGCGCGACAAGGCAAUGAUGCGGCCGUGGAUAUACAAAAGCUAUACGAAGGCACAGAGCGUGGAACCUGUUUUAGCUGUCCAUUAGGUUUGCUUUGUAGUGAUGAGAAAUUGAUUUAUGGUUAGAUAAGAUGAUGCAUCAACUUGACAAAUGUGACAGGCGUAAUGAUUUGGCCGACAUUGCGCACAAGUUAGUCUCCUGGCUUUGCCA